AUGGCCACGCCGCUGGUCCUCGCCUCCCGCGGCGCCCACGCCGCCGCCGCCACCACCACCUCCACCUGCGCCUCCCAGCACCUCGCCGCGGCCACCUCCAAGGAGCCCCCGCCGCGCGUGCGGCCCAAGCGCGGCGCCACCAAGUCGCUCGUCCUCUCCCACGCCGCCGCCGGCCGCAUGGACGCCGCCCUGGAGGCCCUGGCGGCCGCCGGCAGCUGCGACGCGUUCCUCCACAACGUCGUCAUCCGGGGCCUCGCCGACGCGGGCCUCCCGGGCGCCGCGCUGGCCGCCUACCGCGCCAUGCUGGCGGCCGGCGCGCGCCCCGGCCGCUUCACCUUCCCCGUCGUCCUCAAGUGCUGCGCGCGGCUCGGGGCGCUCGAGGACGGCCGCGCGGCGCACUCGGCGGCGAUCAGGCUCGGCGUGGUGGCCGCCGACGUGUACACGGGCAACUCGCUCCUCGCCUUCUACGCCAGGCUCGGCAUGGUGGGCGACGCCGAGAGAGUGUUCGACGGAAUGCCGGCCAGGGACAUCGUCACCUGGAACUCCAUGGUCGACGGCUACGUGUCCAACGGCCUCGGGGCGCUGGCCCUGGGCUGCUUCAGGGAGAUGCACGAGGCGCUGGAGGUGCAGCAUGACUGCGUCGGGAUCAUAGCCGCGCUCGCCGCGUGCUGCUUGGAAUCUGCGCUGAUGCAAGGGCGGGAGGUGCACGCCUAUGUGAUCAGGCACGGGAUGGAGCAUGACGUCAAGGUUGGCACUUCUAUCCUUGACAUGUACUGCAAGUGUGGCGACAUUGCUUCUGCCGAGGGCGUGUUUGCGACGAUGCCACUGAGGACCGUGGUGACAUGGAAUUGUAUGAUAGGUGGGUAUGCCCUGAACGAACGGCCCGAGGAGGCAUUUGAUUGCUUCGUGCAAAUGAAGGAAGAGGGCCACCAGGUGGAAGUGGUUACCGCUAUCAAUUUGCUGGCUGCCUGUGCUCAAACUGAGAGCUCGCUGUAUGGAAGGAGUGUUCACGGUUACAUAACCAGAAGACAGUUUCUUCCUCAUGUGGUGCUCGAGACCGCGCUUCUCGAGAUGUACAGCAAAGUUGGCAAAGUGAAAUCAUCGGAGAAGGUAUUUGGUCAGAUGACGACCAAAACUCUGGUAUCAUGGAACAAUAUGAUCGCCGCCUACAUGUACAAGGAGAUGUAUAUUGAAGCGAUCACAUUGUUCCUUGAAUUACUGAAUCAGCCGCUUUACCCUGAUUAUUUCACCAUGUCGGCAGUAGUACCGGCGUUUGUUUUGCUGGGGUUGCUGAGACAAUGCAGGCAAAUGCACGGCUACAUUGUCAGGCUAGGUUACGGGGAGAGCACUCUCAUCAUGAACGCAGUUAUGCAUAUGUAUGCGAGGUGUGGUGAUGUUUUGUCCUCGAGAGAGAUAUUUGACAAAAUGGCAGGUAAGGAUGUCAUCUCUUGGAACACAAUGAUAAUGGGCUAUGCGAUUCAUGGUCAGGGGAGAACUGCACUGGAGAUGUUCUCCGAGAUGAGAUGUAAUGGUCUGCAACCAAAUGAGAGUACCUUUGUCUCCGUGUUGACUGCUUGCAGUGUUUCAGGCUUGACAGAUGAAGGCUGGACGCAGUUCAACUCAAUGCAACGUGACUAUGGUAUGAUCCCACAGAUUGAGCACUACGGAUGCAUGACAGAUCUGCUUGGUCGGGCAGGUGAUCUUAGAGAGGUUAUGCAAUUUAUUGAAAAAAUGCCAAUAGAUCCAACAUUCAGGGUUUGGGGCUCCCUACUGACUGCAAGCAGGAAUAGGAAUGACAUGGAUAUAGCAGAAUACGCAGCAGAGAGGAUAUUUCAACUCGAACAUGACCAACUGGAACAUGACAACACAGGUUGCUAUGUUCUUAUUUCUUCCAUGUAUGCCGAUGCAGGGAGAUGGAACGAUGUCGAGAGAAUAAGAUCACUGAUGGAGGAGAAGGGGCUGCGAAGGACAGAACCAACAAGCAUAGUUGAGCUUCAUGGCAUCUCCUGCAGUUUUGUCAACGGGGACACGACGCACCCUCAGAGCAAGAUGAUUCAGGAAGUGUCCAACUUUCUGUCAGGAAAGAUUGGAGAAAUGGUUGACCCAACAAAUCAAUCUGAUCCAACCUCUCUGGAGUCGAGGAGAACAACAGAGCCCAACAAGCAUAGUGUGAGGCUGGCUGUCGUCUUUGGUCUGAUAUCAUCCGAGGCCAGAACCCCAAUUCUUGUCAAGAAGAACGUGCGCAUAUGCAACGACUGCCAUCAUGCGCUGAAGUUGAUAUCGAAAUAUUCGGGACGGAGGAUUGUUGUCGGCGACACAAAUAUCUAUCACCAAUUCUCGGAUGGGUCUUGCUGCUGCGGUGACUACUGGUGA